AUGAAUCAUGUUUGCCGUGUGGGACAAUUGCAAAAGCACACGCUAUACUUCAGUCGAAAGUAUACAACACAGCCAGAGUUAACGGGAUACCGUAAAUAUGCACAACAAUUCAAAAGCAAACCCGGGUCUUACAUGACGAGUUUUGCCAUACUUCAUGAACUCACGGCUGUUGCGCCGUUCCCGUUUAUUUAUUAUGCAUUGGAUACAGGAUCAUUUCGGAUACCGUUCCCGGAGAAUGUAUUGGCAGAGGGGAACAAGUUUAUUAAUAAAGUGCGCAUAUAUUACAAGUACCCACCGUUGGAACCAGACAAUCGCGUCAUGAUGAAUUUGGUUACAACUUACUGCAUUGUCAAGGCCUUGUUACCGGUUCGUAUUGCAGCUUCGGUAGCCAUGACACCCCUGAUGGCAGAGCGAUGUGUUGGACCUCUUGUUGGGUUUGUGCGUACCCUUUUUAAAUCCAAAGCCGUACGUUAG